GCCUGGGAGAUUUUGACUUGUCAUGGAAUCUCGUCCAGAUUUCUUAAUUUUUUCCUUGGUUCUUGGCAAAGAAGCAGCGAUAUCCAUAAUUGUGACGACUGAACUUUGAUUCAAGAUGUCUGAAAGAAAAGUUUUGAACAAAUACUACCCCCCAGACUUUGAUCCAUCUAAAAUCCCCAAACUAAAGCUUCCAAAAGACAGACAGUAUGUGGUCCGUCUCAUGGCACCCUUCAAUAUGAGAUGUACAACUUGUGGUGAAUAUAUCUACAAGGGGAAAAAGUUCAAUGCAAGAAAGGAAACAGUUCAAGGAGAGACCUACUUGGGGCUAUACAUCUUUCGGUUCUAUAUUAGGUGCCCUCGGUGUAUUUCAGAGAUUACCUUCAAGACUGAUCCUGAAAAUACAGACUAUGUUUGUGAGAAUGGUGCCACCAGAAACUUCCAGGCACACCGAAUGGCAGAGAAACAGGAAGAGAAAAUGCAACAAGAGAGAGAGGAGGAGGAGGCCAACAACCCGAUGAAGGCACUUGAAAACAGAACAAAAGAGUCUAAACAGGAGAUGGAUAUUUUAGAGAAACUGGAAGAGCUAAAAGACCUGAACACACGACACGCCAACGUUGAUUAUGCGUCGAUGUUGGAGACUUAUGCACAGGAAGAAGAGAAGAGAAAGCAGCGAGAACAACAAGAAGAUGACGAUUUAGUCAAGUCGGUAUUUGGAGGGAAUAAAAUUCAGAGACGCCUUAGCGAUAGCGACAGUGAUGAUGAAAACAAUAGCAACGACUCUGCGAACAUGUCGUCUUCCGCACUGACAGGCAGAAAGCGUGCAACGGACAUACUAACCGAGGGCGAGAAAGAAGCCAUGUCCUCUGAGCCGAUAACUAAGAAAGCCAAGCCAGUCUGGGAACAAAGUGUCGGCAACCUAAGCAACAAAACGUCCCUCUCCUCCCUGGUAAAGGUCAAGAAAGCUUCCAGCACCCCACUUGCAAAGUCAACAGCCUCUGCAUUUAAUCCGAGUGAAGGAGAAAACAAGAAUACUUCACAGCUCGUCAAACCGGUAAAACCAGUCGAACAGAGUAAUAGUACUCAGCAGAGUAAUAGAACUCAGCAAUCGAAUUCGGGUCAGACAUUAGGCGCCAACUCGCUUGGCAUGCUGGGAGAUUAUGGCAGCAGUGAGGAGUCAGAUUGAACAUACCGACCACGGUCUUACUUCCGCUUGCAAUGCGCAUGCGUAUGAAAUACUUCCUCGACCAUUCUUCGGCGACUCCUCGCGAUUUGAUCGUGCAGUUCCUCGGUCCUACCUCGCCGGCAGUUCCUCGGUAUUCAAUCGGAUAAUUCUUUUUUUGUCGUACAUGUACGCAAAUACGCCAUAUCCUGCUAAAACCUUUUACAAAUAAAUUUAUUUUAUCUUUAUAAACAACUCAAGCCUUCUAUGUUGUAAAUAGAAAUGGGAAAAUAAAGCCUUCGAUUUUA